CCCCAGUGCGAGCUUGAUGGAACUGACGAUAAUGAUGACGAGGAGCUCAAUGUAUCUCCCCAUCUAGAUUCUGCCAAACGUCGAGCAUGUGUGUACCUACUUCUAUUUUGGUUAUUUUUAUUUUGUGGUACUCUAUUUCAGCCAAUUUACACGGCUCUUUUCCACGCGCAGCUUCUGGGAAACCUCCUAGUGAAACUCGCCCCCACUAAACAGAGUCGUUCAAUCACCCAUCUUGAGGUAAAUGCCUCUCUUUAACUCCUCUAUCACGGCUUCUUUUGAGAAACCAUUAGCAUUUGCUUCAUUUUGUCGUCACUUCGUAGCCAUACUUGUCAUGCUUUUUCUUUUCUUUCUUUACUUGGCCAAGGAUCAAGGGAACGAGGAGUCCGAUGACGAAAACGAUUCCAACUCGGAUAGUAUGAGCAUCGAAUCUGAGGAUGAUUCCGACGAUGAUGGGGAAACACUGACAGACUCGACUCUUGAUCGUGACAGCAACAGCCCUGCGGGACAGGCCAGCAAGCCAUUCAGUGUCUGAUUCACUGUUGAAUAAGGGCUCCGACCCACUACUAACGACCGAGCACGAGGGCACCACUGCUCCAUCCGUUCAAGCUAACCCGUUGGCUACCCCUGUUAGCCUUGCGCUUACUUAUUCAGGCACAGGAAACACCACCAUUAUUGCUCAAACCAUACCACACCUCAAACUUGACAGCUUCGUAUUGACUUCCACCCACACCCCUUCAGCUAGCACAGCCUUUCCAUCUUUCACAUCCCUUGCAGCUCGGUCAUCUCCUUUCUCCGACCUUACCUGAUCCGCUCCAUCUACUACUGAUGUUGCCUCACCGAACACAGCAGUGACGGUAACUCUAGCUACUCGUUUUUCCUUGAUAGUGAAUCUUUCCUAACCUUUUGUCUUUCGAUCACUCUUUCUCUUGUCUUGCAGGCCUUACCGGAUCUUGAGACAGCAGGGCAGUUCUUCGCUUCUUUGGCUAAAACUCGAACUCCACUAUCUACGGAGGUCCUCCUUGAUCCACGAACCCAAGCCAUAAAAGACACCAUCGGCAAGAUUAUUCUAUUUCUCUCCCUAUCCUUAGAAGAAGCGGUUGACCCUCCACAACAAAACGAGCUUGAAUCGGCUUUUACCGUAUUGAGAGGAUUGGGUCCUUCCUAAAUCUUGCCUGGACUUGGUUUAGAAGAAACAACCACUGCCAAGCAAGCUCAGCAACUCGCACAAAAAUACAUGAAGUGCGCUCACGACGCCCUCGAGCUGGAAAAAAACAGUGCCAAAAGAGGAACGGCCCUCCAAUCCAUUAAGGCGCAUAUUGUUGCUAACAUGGCGCUUUAAGGAUCUGUCCUCUCAAUACGAAGCUCGAUCUCAGCAGUGCGCAACUCGUGAACAAAAAAUUCUAUCAGAUGAAUCCAAAAUUGCUGCGAUGAAGGCCGAAUUGAAUAGACUUGAGAAAGAUGUGCAUGCCAAGAAAAGAGAACUGGAUGGAGAUGUCUCCCACCGCACUGCAAUUCAAGCCUCCAUCUUUGCUCUCACUGUUGAAACUCAAAUACUCGCGACGCAGGAAACAUCCCUGGUUGAUGACAAGCUUGAGAUUAAGAAGGCGCAGGCCGUUCAACUUCGGCAAGCAGCAAGGACCAGUCUUGACACCUUGCGGGCGGAACUGGCUUAGAUUGCCAAGCAUUUCAACGGCUGGUAGCUCAUUACUUUUACUUUUAGCCUUUAUAUCUUUCGAACUGAAUUUAUUUUGUCUUUGGCAUGCUCGUGCGGCCGCGAAUGUUUCUUUUGAUCUUGGACGACUUACACUUUUGAACAAUCGGAAUUUUCUCUAUUUAAGUUCAUCAUCGAUGCCAAAAAAUUUGCUCUACCAGCAUUGAUAUUUUAGUAACCAACUUUUGUUCUGGCUGAACUAAAUCCCUAACACAACGUCGCAGCGCUGCUUUUCGUCCAAACAGUGGCGUUUUAGAAUUUUUUUUUUUUUAUUUAGCUAGCUCUUUUACUACUCUAGACGCGGCUGCACUGUUGUGCCGCUUAUCCACCUUCGUUUGUGCUUCAAACAAAGUUGCGAGGUAGUUUAAAAUCAACUGCACGAUAUUCGACUGCAACAAUCAUACGGGACCGUUGGAUCCUUCGCGGCAACUUUACGAUCACCCUCAUCAAACAUGCACAGCCACAACCUUGCAUGGCUUUUCACGAGGCUGUAAUGCUACCCAUCUCUUUCCUUCUCCAGAAUCAAAAUCAAUUUUGUAG